AUGCAGGCUCAGAAGGAGGAGAGUGAAGACACAGUGCUGGUUGUUUUUCCUGCCAACAGAAAGAGAAACAUCUCAGUACAGCAAGUGCUGAUUUCAUUUGUACCCCUGCCACAUGCUCAAGGGAGUCCUAAAGCUGUGGUGUCCAUAAAACCUGAUAAAAACGUGUACAUUGGAGAGAGAGUUACUCUCAGAUGUGAUGUACAGGAAGGAGGAGACACUGAGUGGACAUACAGCUGGUAUAAGAAUAAUGACAGAGUCUACGCAGAGAGAGGAGACAGAGUCUAUACAGAAAACACAGUGCAGGAGUUCAGUAUCAGGUCUGUUAGUGACUCUGACGGUGGUGACUACACCUGCCAAGGACAGAGACGUGACUCUCAGAGCUCAGAGAUCAGUGAUACUGUUACACUGACUGUAUCAGAGAGACCACGGGCAGUACUGAGUGUAUCUCCACAGAGCUGGCUGACUGAAGGAGACUCAGUGACUCUAAGCUGUGAGGUUACAGACUCCUCUACAGACUGGACAUUCAGCUGGUACACAACUGUUCCCUACAGAAACAAUCAUGGUCAUAUCAGCGCUAAAAAAAAGCUUCUCUCAGACAGCAGCAGAGGAUCCAGAGGCUCCUACACUCUCAGUCCUGCUGCUCUUAACCACACAGGAGUUUAUGCGUGCAGAGGACAGAGAGAAGAACGACCCUCUUACACAAAUUACAGCAAUCUACUGCUACUAUGGAUCACUGGUGAAUCUCCUCCAGGCUCUCUGAUCAUCAAUCCCAGCAGAACUCAACACUUUACUAAAGACUCUCUCUCACUCAGCUGUGAGGACCAGAGUAACUCUACUGAAUGGACAGUGAGACGAUACACACACAGUGAGGGAGUGUUAGAUUGUUCACGGUGGGGAUCAGUUACAGGAUCUACAUGUAAAAUCAGCUCCCUUUCCACAUCACGCACUGGAGUUUACUGGUGUGAGUCUGAAUCUGGAGAAAACAGUAAUCCUGUCAACAUCACAGUGCAUGAUGGUGAUGUGAUCCUGGAGAGUCCUGUCCAUCCUGUGACUGAGGGACAUCCUCUGACUCUACGCUGUUUAUAUCGCAACACAAAUUCCUCAAACCUCCGAGCUGAUUUCUAUAAAGAUGGAUCAGUUCUCCAGACACAGACUACAGGAGAGAUGAUCAUCCGAACUGUCUCAAAGUCAGAUGAAGGUUUCUACCACUGUAAACACCCAGAGAGAGGAGAGUCACUGAAAAGCUGGGUCUCAGUCAGAGAAGCUCCAUUCUCCGUGCUCAUGCUGAUCAGUAGUGUAGUGACGGCCUCUCCGUAUCUGCUGGUGACCAUCAUUCUGCUGGUCAAAUGUUACAGAGCUCGAGCUCACACUGAUGAAAAGAGAAUGGAGAAUACAGUCACAGAGGAAGGAGGUACACAGAGAGACAGGAUGGAGUUCAGUCCACUCCCUGUGAUGCUCUUGCUGAUUUCAUUUGUACCCCUGCCACAUGCUCAAGGGAGUCCUAAAGCUGUGGUGUCCAUAAAACCUGAUGAAAAUGUGUACAUUGGAGAGAGAGUUACUCUCAGAUGUGACGUACAGGAAGGAGGAGACACUGAGUGGACAUACAGCUGGUAUAAGAAUAAUGACAGAGUCUACACAGAGAGAGAAGACAGAGUCUAUACAGACAGCACAAUGCAGGAGUUCAGUAUCAGGUCUGUUAGUGACUCUGACCAUGGUAACUACACCUGUCGAGGACAGAGACGUGACUCUCAGAGCUCAGAGAUCAGUGAUGCUGUUACACUGACUGUAUCAGAGAGACCACGGGCAGUACUGAGUGUAUCUCCACAGAGCUGGCUGACUGAAGGAGACUCAGUGACUCUAAGCUGUGAGGUUACAGACUCCUCUACAGACUGGACAUUCAGCUGGUACAGAGAGGUUCUCUACAGAGACAAUAAUGGUCAUAUCAGAUAUAAUGUAGUGCUCCUCUCAGACAGCAGCAGAGGAUCUGGAGGCUCCUACACUCUCAGUCCUGUUGCUUUUCAUCACACAGGAUUUUAUGUGUGCGGUGCAGAGAGAGAAGAACACUUUUACACACAUUACAGCUUUACACAGCCACUACUGAUCACUGGUGAAUCUUUUCCAGUCUCUCUGAUCAUCAAUCCCAGCAGAACUCAACACUUUACUAAUGACUCUCUCUCACUGAGCUGUGAGGACCAGAGUAACUCUACUGGAUGGACAGUGAGACGAUACACACACAGUGAGGGAGUGUUAGAUUGUUCAUGGUGGGGAUCAGUUACAGGAUCAACAUGUAAAAUCAGCUUCCUCUUCACAUCCCACACUGGAGUUUACUGGUAUGAGUCUGAAUCUGGAGACAUCAGUAAUCCUGUCAACAUCACAGUGCAUGAUGGUGAUGUGAUCCUGGAGAGUCCUGUCCAUCCUGUGACUGAGGGACAUCCUCUGACUCUACGCUGUUUAUAUCGCAACACAAAUUCCUCAAACCUCCGAGCUGAUUUCUAUAGAGAUGGAUCAGUUCUCCAGACACAGACUACUCGAGAGAUGAUCAUCCAAACUGUCUCAAAGUCAGAUGAAGGUUUCUAUCACUGUAAACACCCAGAGAGAGGAGAGUCACCGAAAAGCUGGGUCUCAGUCAGAGGUUCAAGGUUCAGUAUUGGAACAGUAGGAGUGGCAGUGGGACUGAGUUUGGCCUUCUUGUUCAUCGUUUUAUUAAUCUUUAUAAUCCUGCUGUGGUUCUGCAAAAUAAAGAAAGGAAAGCAGCAGAAAACUAAUCAGACAUCAGAGCAGAAUCAGAGCCGGUCAGGAGCUGAAGACUCUCAGUCAGGACACACACCACUUCAAGCUGGUGAAACUGCAGCUGAAAGCAGUGAAGCCACUUACGCACAGGUCACAAAGAAAAAGAAGACAAAGAGGAACAAUGAUGUUGAUGCUGAACCCAGUGGUGGUGAUGUGACUUAUGCUGAACUUGAAGUAACACCAAAGAAAAAAUCUAUGAGAAAAAAAGAAAAAGUCAGUGUGUGUGCUGAUACUGUAUACUCAGAGGUGAAGCUGAACAGGAAGUGAGCCAUGUGUCUACGGAUACUGAUGGAGCCAUGGUUGUCUGACAGAUACCAAAUGUUUAGCCAGAUACAGAAGCACAGCUAUGCAAAAUAAAAGACUAUAUUAAAUACAUAUAGAGUUUAAUGAACAGAACCCUCUCUUGGGCUAUAGAUUUAACACUGUGUUUUAAAUGCUCUAGUGAAUUCCAUCAUACGUCCUUGACUGGACUAUUGCAAUCUGUCUCAAGGCUGACUGUCAUGCUGUAUCUUUAAGCAAGUUUCAGCUUGUCUAUAGCACCAGUAAAGUCAGAGCAUAUUAC